GUGUGCAGAUCGACAAAAUCAAAAAGCGACGAAAUAAACAUAAAAUCUCUACUGGAGAUUAUACCAGUUAAAAAUUAUACAUUCACAAACAUAUUUUUCUAAUUUGUUUUCAAAUACAAGUUAACAUUGGUAAAUUUUCCUAACCGAUGUCAAAUAAAGUUGUGUGUCAAUGAAUAACCGAGCAGACACCAAAGCGAAACUACUUAACAAUUUAAGCCUUUCCAAACAUCUUUCAUCCAAACAAGGCGGCUCGCGUACCACCAAUUGUGGCAAUCGUCUAGAAUUUGCCUUACUUACGCUGCUACAAAACGUUCCUUGAAUCUAACGCGCCGCAAACCUCUCCUUGCUGACUGAUCAUUGAACAGCCCGUCAUCUCUCGUAUUCUAGUUAGUCGGAAGUUUUUCUAGUACUUCAUAGAUUUUUCAAAGA